CAAAAAGUCAAUUCCGACACUGCUAACAACAAACGUAGUGGUAUCAGGCGAAAAAGGUGUCGGUUGCUGAAUUGAUAUGCGAAUUGGUAUUACCGAUAGGGUCUUUACAGAUAGGCCCAGUUGUACUAUUAUUGCACUCUUACUGAAAUUUAUGAUGAUACUGACACCUUGCAACUAUUUACUACUGCCUGCUGACAGUGCGCCGAUCGUCAACAUUGGUGUCGUUGAACAAUCACCAGCCACCUCUUCCGCCGGGUAUAUUCAGUACAAAGUAGAAAAUGGAUCUGUUUUUGAUGAAAUAGCAAAAAAGGCAUUCAUUUCAUUGCAUUCAGAACCGUACAUUGAACCGCCACUAUUAACUUUUGAUCAGAAACGCUUAAAGUGGCUGCAGCGAUAUAUGCGAAAGCAAGUAAAAUCCGAGAAAAAGGGGAAGAAAGUGAUUUCUUCACCAAAAGAAGCAUUGCAUCAAGUGAAUCAAGAAGUCAGCUUAGGAAGACUAGAUGAUUCAAGGCCUGCAGCACAUUGCGAUGGUCAGACUUUCAAACAACGUAUCCGUAUGGAUGGUUGCUUAUCAAAAGUAGUACACAACAGAUUUUGCCAUGGAACCUGUUCUUCUUAUUUCAUACCACGUUUAAGGCCGCGAAAAUUGAAAUUGGAUGCCAUGUUCCAAAGUUGUUCGGUGUGCAGGCCAGCUGAAUGGGAUACUGUUGAGGUGAAACUGGAUUGUCCGAGAAAGAAUCCAAAGGAACUGAAACGAAAAGUGAUCAAAGUGAAAAAAUGUAAGUGUAUUGCACUGAGCGGUACUAACUUAGAAAGCGAGGAGGAUGGUCUAUAAUCAGUCAGGUUUUAUUACCAGAAAACCAGCGCAGAUCUCAAAGUGUAAGGACUCGAUAGUUUCUCGUUCUCAGCAAGAACAUUCCUUCCUAAUUCUGGAUUAAUUUUCGGCCAGCUUUUCCUAUCAAAUUGAAAACUUAAAAUAAAAAAAGAG